GGGGCGGCGCUCAGCGGCGGCUCCGCUCGGUGGCAGCGGUGGAGGCGGCCGCAGCGCCGGGCUGCGCUGGGGCUGAGCCAUGUCGGCGGCGCGCGUGGACUACAUCGCGCCUUGGUGGGUCGUGUGGCUGCACAGUGUCCCGCAUUUCAACCUGCACCUGCAGCCGGUAGACAGCACCUUCAGCCCCCGCGACAAGAGUUACCAGGAGUCACUGCUGCUCCUGGGGCUGCUGGCUGCCGUCUGCCUGGGCCUGAACCUUGCCUUCCUCGCCACGUACCUGGUAUGCGUCUGCUGCUGCCGGCGGGACCACGCGGUACAGACCAAGCAGCACAGCACCUGCUGCAUCACCUGGACAGCAGCAACGGCCGGGCUCGUCUGCUGUGCUGCAGUGGGCGUUGGCUUCUAUGGAAACAGCGAGACCAACGAUGGUGUGUACCAGCUGGUCUACUCCCUGGAUGAUGCAAACCACACCUUCUCUGGGGUGGAUGAACUGGUGUCCGAGAAUACCCAGAGGAUGACGGUGGACCUGGAGCAGCACGUGGCCCGGCUUAGUGAGAUCUUUGCUGCACGGGGCGACUACAUCCAGGUCCUGAAGUUCGUUCAGCAAAUGGCUGGCAACGUCGUUGUCCAGCUGUCCAGGCUUCCUGCAUGGAGGGAGGUCACCAUGCAGCUGACCGAGCUGUCCGACCAGACCACCUCCGUGGAGUACUACAGGUGGCUGUCUUACCUCCUAUGCUUCAUCUUGGACCUCGUCAUCUGCCUUGUCACCUGCCUGGCACUGGCCAAACGCUCCAAAUGUCUCCUUGCCUCGAUGCUGUGCUGUGGGCUGAUAACGCUGCUCCUCAGCUGGGCCUCCCUGGCCGUGGACACCACUGCAGCAGUAGGCACCAGUGACUUCUGUAUGGCUCCUGACAUCUUCAUCCUGAACAACACACAGGGCCAGAUCAGCACAGAGGUGACCCGCUACUACCUGUAUUGCGGCCAGAGUGUGAGCAGUCCAUUCCAGCAGGUGCUGACCGUCUUCCAGCGCUUGAUGACCUCCAUGCAGAUCCAGGUCACAGGGCUGCUGCAGGUCGCUGUGCCCCUCUUCCCCUCAGCGGAGAAGGAUCUUCUUGAAAUCCAGUUCCUGCUGAACUCCUCGGAGACCAGCCUGCACCAGCUGACGGCCAUGCUGGAUUGCCGAGGGCUGCACAAGGACUACCUGGAUGCCCUCACUGGCAUCUGCUAUGACGGCAUCGAGGGCCUGCUCUUCCUCGGCCUCUUCUCGCUGCUGGCUGCCCUGGCCUUCUCCACGCUGAUCUGUGCAGGGCCGAGGGCCUGGAAGCACUUCACCGCCAGGGACAGAGACUAUGAUGACAUCGAUGACGAUGACCCCUUUAACCCACAAGCGCGGCGUAUUGCAACCCACAACCCUCCGCGUGGGCAGCUACACAGUUUCUGCAGCUACAGCAGUGGCCUGGGCAGCCAGAGCAGUCUGCAGCCACCCACCCAGACCAUCUCCAAUGCGCCUGUCUCCGAGUACAUGAACCAGGCUGUGCUCUUUGGUGGGAACCCUCGCUACGAGAACGUGCCGCUCAUCGGGAGAGGCUCCCCUCCGCCCACGAAAGAGCAAAGUCAGAAGACAGAGAUGGAGGCAGGAAAAUUCUGGAACCAGUACUCCCCCAGCAUGAGGGCCACCUACAUGUCCGUGGCAGAUGAGCACUUGCGGCACUACAGCGGUGAGUUUCCCGCCUAAAGGACUUCCGGACUCCUGUUGCUUCUUUCCUGUUUGGUUUUUAACAAAUGCACACAAGCUGCAUUUACCUAAUGGAAACCAAAGGCACCCGGAGACCAGCAGGGUCCUGUGACUGCAGUGGCUCGGCGGGGAGGCCUUACCAAAGCCUCAGGUGGGCCAAGGCCAGGACCCAGUCAGAGGCCUCUCUUCUGUCCUACUGUCUACCCAGGGUGCCCCACCCCCACCCGCUGGGGCAUGGCAUCCACAAGGGAGGUUCUCAGACGCUGCCAGGCUGAGCUCUGUGCUCGACACCAGGACUGCCUGUUGUCAACUCGACCAAAAGCCCAGGCAGCUGCUCUCGAGUCACCUCUGCACUUCAAUUUUUAGCCAGACGGUGGGAGGAGCUUACCAGGAGGUGCUCUUAGGGGAGGCAGUGUCCCUGAUGCAUCUGGAGCACUGUCCCCAUCUGAGUUCCUGGGCUAUGCAGACUGCCUGGGCCUCAGAGGCUCAAUGUCGGGGGGCUUCUGCAGUACAGGGGUGGGGAGUGGUGGCCAGGGAGAAACGCAGAAGCAAGCCUGCCAUGUUCUGCCCAUUCUCUGCUCCCCACUGAUGGCCUCAGGUAUGGACAGACACUUUGAAAAUGACUUCACUCUUUUUUCCAGUGUUUCAAAAAGCAGUUUGAUGAUCCAAAGAAUCUCACCUCCUAGCAUAUCCAUUCCUUCAGCUGGGUUUUAUACUAUUAGUAUAGAUUUUUGCUGGCACCAGCCAGUUUAUUACAGAUCUGGAGGAGAAGGGAGGAAUGGAGUUUUCAAUAAAAUACAGGGGGAGCCCUGAAAGCAGAGUGGCGCCCUCUCGAGAACAACCGAAUGCCCGAGACAACUGCCCUGCCCUUGUGUUUUCAAGGAGUUUGUCAUCAGAGGUUUCAGCAAAGUGAUUUCACUGCAGCUCCAUACAAGGGCAGGCCUCCUUGCCACCUACACCACUGUGCUGUCCCCAUGCCACUGUCCUGGACCCUGACCUGCUAGGUGAGCAGUAGCUCGUUGGCCAGGAGGACAUAAUGACCCCAUCUUGCCCAGUGCGGGGCCAGGGUAGGGUCCACGGUGCUUCCAGGCUCCUGCCAACCCGCCAUGUGCAUCACCAAGCCCAUGGCCUUCCAUGCCAAGAACAUGUGUCUUGGGUCCGGGAUUCAGUCUCCAUUCUGGAAGAGUCACUUUAUCAUCCCCAUCCCAUACCGACAUCAGAGUCAUCGUCAGCUCCUAGCCAAGCCCCCAAGACAGAAUUGGGCCGCUCAGGGGCUCCCUGCCUCACCUACGCUACCCUCUACAUACCACGAACUGCUUCGAGUGGCCAUGUCACACCCCUUCUAGUGGCCGUGUCACAUGCACAUGGCCCUGUGACAUCCUGGUGUCCCUUCUAACAUUUCAUUACUGGCAACUUAAGGGUUCUUAAUGCAUGUAAACUAAACUAAAAUUGCCCAGGUGUCCCUGGAAGAGCCAGGUGGACAAACCUCUGCGUGACAUGUGUACGCCCUCACCUGGGAGAGAAAUAAACCACUUGUACUAAAA